UAAAGAAGCCGACAAAAUCAGGAGUUCUAUUUUUUUUUUUUUCUUUUCCUCUCUACUCUCAAGUAUCCCUUUCAGCCAUUUGUGCUCAAACAAGAUUAGAUUGUCAUGAAAUGGGUGGUCUUUGGUAAUUAUGUUCAAAUUCUCUGUCCACUUCUCCUAUAUAUAUACCUUUUCUUCCUUUUUAAUUUUCCUCAAUGUAUAUACCUAUUUAAACUCUCAAAACUCAAACCUUCAUGGCAUAAAUAUUCCAAUAGCCUACUCUCCCCUGAUCAUCAUCAUCAUCACCAUCCUUUUUUAUUUCCCCCUUAAUUAUGAUAUUUAGUGAGUUUAGACAUCAAGAGUUUGGAAGAGAAAGAAAAGAAAUAACAAAUAUCAUCAUGGAAAGCAAUAGAUCAGCAGCUCAAAUGAUACAUCCAACACUGUUGAUAUUCAUGUCGUUGAUGUUGUUCAGCACGAGUUCUACUAUCUCAGCUCUGCAUGAUGGUAAAGACGAAAUCCAUCUUUUACUGUCGUUUAAGGCUUCCAUCAAUGAUCCCUUUAACCACCUUUCCGACUGGUCAUCCUCAUCAGCAGCACCAAACAACGUCUGCAAAUGGCAAGGUAUCACAUGCAAAAACUCGUCCCGAGUCAGCUCAGUCGAACUCACUGGCAAGAACUUCACAGGCAAACUCUCGGCAAAUCUAUUUCGGUUACCCGUUAUCGAAAAAGUAGACCUAUCGGGGAACCAGCUCACUGGGGAGCUCCCAAAGGAACUUUUUGGUGGCUCUAAUAUGCUACGGUACCUCAACCUGAGCAACAACAAUUUCACUGGAGACAUCCCGAGUGGUGCGAUUUUAACACUUGAGGCACUUGACCUCUCCAACAACAUGCUCAAGGGGUCUAUUUCUGAUGAUAUUGGCUCAUUCUACGGCCUAAAAUAUCUCGAUCUCGGGGGUAACGUCUUAGUGGGACCAAUCCCGAAGUCAAUUUUUAAUAUUUCUGGGCUAGAGUACCUCACCCUGGCUUCCAACCAAUUGAGUGGUGAGAUACCACAAAAACUGCCGAAGACCUUGAAGUUGAUUUACUUGGGUUACAACAAUCUCAGUGGUCAAAUUCCUUCACAGAUUGGGGAACUCAAAAAUCUGUAUCAUCUUGAUCUUGUCUACAAUAGUCUGACUGGAAUAAUCCCGUACUCAAUUGGGAACCUCACCCAGUUACGGUACCUCUUUCUGUACCAGAACAAGCUCAACGGUCCGAUUCCUCGUUCUGUUUUUGAGCUCCGAAGUUUGGUUUCGCUCGAUCUAAGUGAUAACUUUCUCUCCGGUGAGAUUUCCGAGGCAGUGAGUCAAUUACGGGAGUUGGAGAUUCUUCAUCUUUUCUCUAACAAACUUUCUGGUACAAUUCCUUCCGGUUUGGCUUCGCUUCCUCGGCUUCAAGUUCUUCAGUUGUGGUCCAACGAAUUAUCGGGCGAGAUCCCACGAGAUCUCGGGAAACGAAACAAUCUCACGGUUUUGGACCUCUCCACUAAUCGUCUUUCGGGGAGAAUACCAGACGGCUUGUGCGAUUCCGGUAGGCUUUUCAAGCUCAUUCUCUUUUCUAAUUCUCUCCAGGGAAUUAUUCCAAAGCGUUUGGCUCAGUGCCAGAGCAUGCGAAGAGUUCGUCUCCAGAAUAAUCUUCUCUCCGGCGAGUUGUCGCCUGAGUUAACAAAAUUUCCCUUGGUUUACUUCUUUGAUAUCUCCGGCAACAGUAUGUCCGGCAGAAUUGAUUUCGAGGGAUGGAAUAUGCCUUCACUUCAAAUGCUGAAUCUGGCCAGAAACAAAUUCUACGGACAGUUGCCCAAAUCGUUUGGUAGCGAAAGGCUCGAGAACUUAGUCCUAUCAGAGAAUCAUUUAGCGGGAGAAAUUCCUACAAGUAUCAAAAACUUUUCAAGGUUAAUGCAAUUGGAUUUUAGCUAUAACAAACUCUCCGGAAAGAUUCCCGGAGAAUUGGCUCUCUGCGACAGAAUGGUGAGUUUAGACCUUAGUCACAAUAAGCUAAUCGGAGAAAUUCCAGCUAGUAUCACUGAAAUGCCGGUUCUCGGUUUUCUCGAUUUAUCGGACAACCAAUUGUCGGGCGAAAUCCCACGAAAUCUGGGCCGAGUUGAGUCGCUCGUCCAAGUCAACGUUUCUCACAAUCAUUUCCACGGAAGUUUACCGCCUACCGGAGCAUUUCUAGCCAUAAACGCCAGCUCGGUCGCCGGGAACGAACUCUGCAGCGGUGAUAUUGUCAGCAGUGGUUUACCAUCGUGUGAGAAAAGCUUAAGGAAACAUUUUUCGUGGAGGCUCAUUCUCACUUGUUUUUUUAUCGCUUUGACUUCUUUCGCCAUACUUAUUUCUAUAGUCUUUGUUUUAGUCAUGAUUAAUCGUAAGCGAAAGUACCUGGACUUGAAAAGAAUGGAAAACGACGAUGGAUCGGUUUGGGAAGUGCAGUUCUUCGAUUCCAGCAUUGCUAACUCUGUCACACUAAACGACGUCGUUUCGUCCGUCCAAAGAGGAAAUAACGUGCUUAAUAAUUCGUUGGGCAGCAGAAAAGGGAUAGCUUACAAAGGGAAGUCAAGUAUUAACGGAACUGAGUUCGUGGUGAAGGAGAUAAAUAACGACGUUAACUUUUCGGUUAUUGGUGCUAAUUUUUGGAUGGAUGUGAAAGGGUUCGGUAAGAUUAGGCAUCCGAACGUGAUUAAGUUAGUGGGAGUAUGUCGUUCUUCUCAGAAGGGCAGCGGAUAUGUCGUUUACGAGUAUUGUGAAGGGAAAUUGUUGAGUGAAAUUUUGAGGAGUUUGAGCUGGGAACGACGACGUUCGAUCGCAAUCGGGGUGGCAAAAGCUCUUCGUUUUUUGCAUUCUUAUUGUUCCCCAAAUGUCGUUUUGGGUCAUGUUUCCCCUGAUGAAAUUGUGGUCGACGAUAGCGAUGAGCCUCGCCUGAGUUUUACCCUUCCUGGACUACUGCAAUAUUCUUCCAACUCCAAGGGUUUCCCUUCAUCAUCCUACCUUGCCCCAGAAACAAGCAAAGGAGUAGUAACAGAGAAGAGCGAUGUGUACGGAUUCGGCCUAAUCUUGAUUGAGCUCCUUACCGGGAAAAGCCCAGCCGAUAACGAGUUCGGCGUGCACGAGACUUUUGUUGAGUGGGCCCGCUACUGCUACUCCGACUGCCAUCUCGACACGUGGAUAGAUCCUGUAUUCGGAGGACACGUGUCAACUCAUCAAAACCAGAUCGUGGAGACCAUGAACCUAGCCCUGCACUGCACCGCAUCUGACCCUACUGCUAGGCCAUGCGCGAAUGACCUAUACAAAACUCUCGACACUGUUAUGCGUACAGGUUCUUGUGUUUCGGGCCUUAAAGUUUCUUCAUUUCUUUAAUAGAUUUUCUUUUUCUUUUUUUUUUUUUCAAUUCUCAGGUUUUCUUUUCUUUAAGAUUAAUUAUUAUUAUUAUUUUAACUUUGUAUUUUUGGUUUAUAUAACAUAUGUCUUACGUUAAUUAGCACCUUAUGUUAAUUUUAUGACAUAAGGUAUUAAGGUGAUUGUUUACUCAAAUGUUAUGUUUUCUUUGACGGUAUUGUACUAUUUGACAUAGCUCGUGUUUAAAAUGUAAACACUAAACGCUUCUUUUCUUCCCUAUAUAUAUAUAUACAUAAUUUUCAUGUUUA